GGGGGUUUAAAAAAUGUUUUUCUACUAGUAAUGGCGGCGAUCAGCGACUUAUAGCAGAACUGCGGCGGGCAUUCUGACACUGGGGGGAACUGACUUGGUGUCACUGACAUCCCCAGUAACAUCAAUACAGUAAUCAAUGCUAAUAAAAAGCAAUGACACUGUACUAAUGGCACUGGGCAGGAAGGGGUUAACAUGUGGGGCGAUCAAAGGGUUAACUGUGUGCUGUUUUGCAUACUGGGCUGUGUUUGUGCUUCACUGUAAGCACACUGUUUUGCAUGGCUUUAUACAAAGCCGUGUGCAGGAA